AUGUUAGCAGCUCAAUCUCCACUCUCCGGCCACCAGUCGACUCCACCGCCAAAAAGUGGCCGAAAACCACUACAACCCAAGAAUGCACUGAACACUCCAAUCACUCCCAGUGAAAAACCAAAGCCAAAGCAAGAUCCUGAGUGGAUUAAAAUCUCACUGGAUGACAACUCCAACAAGGAGAAUAUUGCUCCUUCCAACUACGCCACCCAUAUCAAGGCCGAGUGUUUUCCAGUCGAAUCCUUUGAUGCUUCGCUAGCUGAGGAGCUAAGUGCCAUACGAGAAAAGGUGGAGAGACUGAGGAUAGAUAAGCAAAAGACUGAGAAGAAGCUGAGAGAAAGGGAUUUGAUACUGGAUAUGAAAAUGGAGGAGAUUGUACAAAGAGGGGAAGUGCAGAGGGAGCUUGAAAUUGAAAGGAUAUCCCCACUUCUAUCAUUAAGAGAGAAGGAAGGAGAAAGUAAUACAAAUGAAAAUCAAACCAAGGAAAAAAGGAGGGACAAACAAAAUCGUGAAAGCCGAUUGCAGAGUUUGAAUUCAGAACAAGAAAUAGAGAAUUCAAGUUGA